UUCCGGCGUCCGGUACCGACACAGGCUGGGAAUGGGGAGCCCUGGGGCCGGGAUUGUGGCCAACGCUUUACUGAGCCAAAUGGAUCAUCUGAUGAGGAUCUGGCCAAUCGUAUGGCUCCUGCUCCAGCCCAUAAUAACGCAGGAAACCCUCUCAGAAGCCCCCAUGGAUCUGGAAGAAGAUACGUUUGAUGACCAGUAUAUUGGGUGUAGGGACCAAGUGGACCUUCUCAUGGAUGAGAUCCUGAAGACUGAGAAGUCAAAGAAUAGAUUAUUGAGACGCGCUUGGACAGAAGCAGAGAACAUAUGGAACAUCAGGAGACACGAGAUCCAGUCAGAGCUUCCGGUGGGCUUUAGAGACAGCCACGGGGUUGCCUUGGUGGCCUAUUCUGGGUUCAUUAGAACAUACUUUGAUGAAGCCGUGGUCUCUGCCGGCAAGUCCUACAAUGACUACAUCCAGCGGUUCCAGUACAAAGGCCUCCAUUUCUACCUGACGGUGGCCGUGCAGCUCCUGUCUGGGGGGUGCCAGAAGAGACCCAAACUGGUUUAUCUUGGGACCAAUGGGUUUUGGUACCCAACUAACUCUUUAGAAGAAGUCAAGUUCGGCCAUUUUGUAUCUACCUACUCAGAGAAGGAACAAGCGGUGGCCUUUGGUAACGACACCGUCUUUACUAUCAGUAGCUGCUACGGGGUCCAGGUGGAAAAGUUCUCCCAGUUCCCCCAGGAGAAGGCAGUUCUGGUUCCGAACUAUGAGAUCUUCUCGGUCCAUGAGGGAGAGGUCAAUGAGUUUGCCCUUAUCAGCACCAAACGGACCUGCAGCAAAUUCAAUUGCGCCCUAAUUAGAGGUGAGUGAUCCCUUUAGCUGUAUCAUGGGGAG